AUGGGUGACAAGAAAAGCGACCCAGAGAACCCCAUCUCUACGGUUCACCAUCUUGAAUCACCCACCUCCAAUGAAAAGCAAGAUCCAGAGGUGGCCCGAGAUUGGACACGCGAUUUAACCGAGAGCAAGGAUGCCACCACAUCCACAAGAUUGAAGAACCCGCUCGCUGGUCUGACGCGAGAUGAGCUAUUCCGCGAUGUCGAGUCAUUUGCAAGGGACAAGGGUUUGGAGCAUAUUAUGGAUGAGCUGAAAAGAGGCUCCCUUGUAGCACAGGAUCCUAAAGCCUUCGAGUCCCUUGAUGAAUUAUCCGAAAGUGAUAAAGAACUGCUUCGUCGUGAGAAGACACAUCGGUGGAGCCAGCCGUUCAUGAUGUACUUCAUGACAAUUCUCUGUGCUGGGUCCGCAAUCGUCCAGGGCAUGGACCAGACGGCAGUGAAUGGAGCACAAGAGUUUUACUUCGCUGAGUUUAAUCUCACCAAUACCUGGCAGCAAGGGCUCCUGAACGGAGCUCCAUACUUAUGUUCUGCGCUUAUAGGAUGCUGGACAACCGCCCCUCUAAACCGUUGGUUUGGUCGUCGUGGAUGCAUCUUCAUCUCAUGCUUGAUUUCCUUUGCCUCGUCAUUUUGGAUGGCUGCAGCACACACUUGGUGGAACCUACUCUUAGGACGGUUCCUCCUCGGUUUUGCAGUAGGUGCCAAGUCAACAACGACUCCAGUAUACGGAGCGGAGUGCUCUCCAGCCAUAAUUCGCGGGGCUCUAGUUAUGAUGUGGCAAAUGUGGACGGCUUUCGGGAUCAUGCUUGGAUAUAUUGCUUCCGUUGCCUUCAUGGAUGUGACGCACCCCUCAAUCCCCGGUUUCAAUUGGAGAUUGAUGCUUGGUUCAACCGCCAUUCCUCCCUUCUUCGUAUGCAUGCAGGUGUAUUUCUGUCCCGAGUCACCCAGAUGGUAUAUGAUGAGGAAUCGCUAUCAAGACGCUUACAAAGCACUCUGUAAGCUCCGUCCUUCCUCGUUUCAGGCCGCCCGCGACCUCUACUACAUCCACGCGGCACUGCAGGUCGAGGAAAAGCUCCGGGAAGGUAAACAGCUCUGGCGGGAAAUGUUCACCGUUCCUCGCAAUCGACGCGCUGCACAAUCAUCUUUCUUCGUCAUGUUUAUGCAACAAUUCUCGGGAGUAAAUGUGAUAAUGUACUAUUCUUCGAGCAUCUUUGCAAAUGCGGGAUUUGAUAGGCGCAUGGCGUUGGUAACGUCAUUGGGAUGUGGUAUAACGAACUGGAUAUUCGCUCUCCCGGCAGUAUAUACAAUCGAUACGUUCGGAAGGCGGAACCUCCUCCUCACCACAUUCCCAUUGAUGAGCCUAUUCCUGCUCUUCACCGGGUUUUCAUUCUAUAUCCCGGACCAGACCUCACGAACGGCUUGCGUGGCGACAGGCAUCUAUCUUUUCAUGAUCGUGUACUCGCCAGGCGAGGGACCGGUACCUUUCACAUACUCGGCAGAGGCAUUUCCACUAUACAUCCGUGACGUAGGUAUGUCUUUUGCGACUGCAACGACCUGGGGCUUCAACUUCAUCAUCUCGUUGACAUGGCUUCCCUUGCGAGAUGCGUUCAGUGUGCAAGGAGCAUUUGGAUGGUAUGCAGCAUGGAAUGUCUUCGGAUGGAUCUUUUGCUAUUUCUGUUUACCCGAGACCAAAGCACUGUCGCUUGAGGAACUGGAUCAGGUGUUCUCGAUCCCGACAAGAAAGCAUAUCAAGCAUUAUGCCGAAAUGCUGCCAUGGUAUGUGAGGAAAUAUAUCUUGCGAGGAGACGUGCCGCCUCAGAAGCAGUUGUAUGAUUAUGAGUAG